ACGAAAAACACCAAAAUAGAACUGCACUCUUCAAAAUUAAUUCAGUUUACGCUUAUCUGUAGGAUUUACAAGACAAAACAUGGACCGGCUUUCGUACGAAUACAUCAGUUUUGGGCACAACUACGAGGAUUUACCAAUGGAGAUUCUGAUAAAAAUCUUCGAGUAUCUUAAUCCGACAGACAUUUUAAUUGCCGGGCUUGUGUGUCGACGAUGGCUGGAAGCAAGUCAACACACAGACUUCAUGGAACUUUUCACGCUGAGCUUCAAUCAAGUAAAUUUCACAGACGAUUCGCCGCCCAUCAAGGACUUCCAAGAGACGUUUCGUAACUUUAGGAGUGUCACAUUCAACAAUGUCGAGUUUGGUUCAACGGAAAAAUUCGGCGGAAUCCUAACGGAAGACGUUCACGAGCUUUCUAUCAAAAAUUGUGACAUCCGCGAGAAAAAAUUGAAAGAAAUUAUCAGUCCAAUUUGCAAUUUAAAAACUCUUCGAAUCGAGGCAUGUCGAGAACUGCUGAUGGAUGGAAGACUUUUCGACAUUGAAAAGGAAAACAAGGCACUUAUGGAAACACUUUCGAGUGUCGAAAACUUGAGUCUUGCUAACAACCGAUAUUUAUCUGAUGCACUUUUUAACAGAAUCGUGAGUUUCAUGCCAAAUAUCGAACGUUUGGAUUUGUCAGGAUGUCACAUUUCCUUCCAUCAAGGCUUGUAUCGGAAAUUUUAUCCCGGAUCUCAAUUAGAGCCAUCGGAGAGCGUCUUAACUUUUUUACACAUUUCCGAUUAUAUUGAGAAAAAUUCCGCUAAAUUGAAGUAUUUGAAUCUUAGUUUAACCCUAAUUGACGGAAAAUCCCUUGAAACGUUGGCAAAUACGCCCGAAUUGAAGUUGGAGAGUCUCAUGCUUCGCAGUUGUGACCAAAUAUCGAAUCCAGGCAUCUUGAGGUUAGUUCAAGUGCAACAAAAUUUAACGUCGCUCGACUUGAGUUUAUCGAUGCGGGUGACGGAUCAAACAAUUUGCGAAAUAGUAACAGCGCUUCCACGAUUAAAAGUGUUAAAAGCAAGGAGAUGUCGUGCCCUAACCGACAUCAGUGUGCGGGAAUUACUAAAAUUGACUGAAUUACGAACGCUGGAUGUCUCCGAGUGUGAUAGUAUAACGGGAAUUGGCUUCAUCGACGGGAUCAGCAACAAAAAAUUCACAAAUUUGAGGGAAUUGUAUGUCAGUGCGCUCAAUAUUUGUUCGAAUACGGUCAUGAAAAUCACAGAAGCAUUCCCGGAAUUGACGAUUCUCGAUGUAAGUUGUUGUUUCAACUCCGUAACGGACCUUUGUGUGCAGCUGAUUAUCAAAAAUUUGGUCAAAUUGAGAUAUUUGAACGUGGAAAUGUGUGAUAAAAUAACAGAUGCGGGGUUAACGGGACUCAGCAUGGGUGACGAACUUGCCGAGUAUCUCGAGGAACAGCGAGAAAACGAGAAAAAAUCAGAAAAUAAGCCUCCUCAGGAUCAAGCGGCAAGCUCAAGUAGUCCGAAAGAAAGCCCAUCGCAAGUAAUUGAACGUCUCAUGGUCGAACGCGAACAAAAUUACUACAAAAUUUCGCUUGGUAGCAAAGCAGAGACUGAAAUUAAGCACGAUGCGAAACGCAAAAAGGCGAUGCAAGAAAUGUGCGAAACGGAUUCGUGCGAAGAAAAUGCCUCGGGUUACGGAAUUUCACGUUUAAGGGGUUUGAGAGUACUUAAACUCGGCGGUUGUAAUCGCGUGACAGACGUUUCGCUGAAAUAUUCCUUCAAAUUGCGCGAAUUGAAGGAACUUGGGCUGGAACGAUGUUAUCAAGUGUCGAUUGAAGGAAUGAAAGCCAUUGCUGAUAAUUGUCCUUCGAUUGAAAUCUUGAAUUUGGCUGAAUGUCACACGAUUAACGACAAAGCUGUUGAAUAUAUUACCGAACAUUUGCAUCGUUUGACGCGAUUGUCGCUUGAAAAAUGCAUCCAGCUGACAGACUUUUCCUUGGAUUACAUUUCCAUGAAUUGUAAGGCGUUGCAGCAACUUGAUGUGAGGGGAUGUCGAGGCAUGUGCGCUGAACCGGAUUUGAGAGUUGCUAAUAUUCGAUCUUUGAGAAAUGUAGCGAAAUCUAAGCCAGGUCCAUACGUUUCACAAAAUUUUGAACCGAUGAUCAAACGACCAAAAGCACCUCCGUUGCCAAAUUUUCGCUCUUGAUUGUGUUCCGUGAAUGGAAUUAUUCUCUUCAUGAUGUUGCUGAUACUGUUAUCGAUUUGCAUGCACUUUGGAGUUAUAUUUGCUAUGAAUUAUAUCUAAAGAAAAUAUUGUUGAAUAAUAAUUUAUAUUUA